GAGCAAAUGAAAAUACAGGGGCUGUCUAAUAAUAUAAGCAGGGUGGAUCUCUCAAACAAUUUCCUGAUGUUCUCUUUCCUCCCAGUUUGUGCUGUUUUCACAGAGCCAUGGACCUCACAACAAAAUGUUAUUGAAGCCACUAACAAAAUGUUAUUUGACUUUCUUAUUAGUCUAAAGGGUUCUACGUUUUCUUCCAAGUGGAUUGCUGUCAGACUUUGAUUGCCCCGGUGUCCAGAUUUGUACGUCAACAUAAGACAUUCAGAGACAAAAUGAGGGUACUAUUGAUCAACUUUGCCACCUUCAGUCUGUGGCUUCUACCAACGGUGCAAAAGGAGGAUGCUGUGAAGACCUUGGACUAUCUGAACCUCAGCCCAUUUGACUCCCUCUCACAGCCCUCUCCCUAUGACAUAAGAAGGUUAGGGGAAGAUGGAAACAUUGGCGCUGCAAUGAAAGUCAAACACCUUUCCAAAGACUUCCAGAUCGUAUCCACCAAGACUAAGCCCCCAAACUAUAGCUCUCUGGGCCCACAUGGCUGGUCACAGAACCUCUCCCUACCCCUGGAUCAGUCACAGUUGCGCUCCAAACCCAAGCCCCCCAUGAAAGCACCUAUCAAAGCUAAGAAGACCUUUGGCUGGGGAAACUUCUACCUCAACAUCAAAACCACCAAGUUCAGCCUGCUGGUGACAAGUAAGAUAGUGGACCACAUCAACGGCACCUUCAGUGUGUACUUCCAUCACAAUUCAUCCCAUCUGGGGAAUAUCUCAAUGAGCAUCGUUCCUCCCUCCAAAGCCGUGGAAUGGGAGGAUGUGGGAAGCCCGGAGCUCCAGUUCCGGAAUCAGCCACAGUCUACCAUCAAUGCGCACCUGCAAGAGAUGAAGGCCCUCAACUGCAGGGUGGAGUACAAGAGGACCAACAGGGCAAAGAAGACCAAACCCUGCCUCUAUGACCCCUCCCAGACCUGCUACUCAGAACACACUCAGUCUCACGCCGCCUGGAUCUGUGCCAAGCCCUUCAAGGUCUUCUGUAUAUUCAUCUCUUUUCUCAGCACCGACUACAAACUGGUGCAGAAGGUCUGUCCAGACUACAACUUCUAGGCGGAUCUCCACGAAUUUGGACGACGAGGAUAGUCGAUGAACUAGAAAGGUUGUUAAGGCAUGUUUUUCUACAUCUCCUAUCCCAGUGGAGAAAGGGGCUUGCGCUGAACGGCAAGGAUGGAUGGACCCACACCAACAUUCAGGCCUCACACAGACAUUCAGAUGGCGAGAUGUGUUUAGUAGAAUGAAAGUCAGCAGCAUAUGGACAAUAACCUAAAAAAAAACGCCACUGAAGGGUAGAAGACAGAAGAUCAAGUAGGAUAAUAGUAAGAUUAUUUUGUAAACUAUUUGUGGUAAAAUAUUGACUUGGGGGGAGUGAUGCCCUAUGUGCAUGCCAAUUUCAGCACAACACUAAUCCCUGCUUUUGUUACUUGUGGUUAUGUAUGGGGAAAUGUUCUGCUUAUUUGUCACACGGUGCCCAUACCGCUUACAUGAACAUUUUCACUAUUAGUUUGGGGGUAUCCUAACGCAACCAAGGCAAGGUACCUGGAUGUUGAUUAUUGAGUUUGGUCAUACUGUAUGAUUCACAUACGAAAUCUACAUUUGAUUUAAUUUCACAAGCAGAUAUGAAAUGAUGUGUGAUGGAAAGCAAAAUGUAGAUUUGAAAUGCAUAUUAAAAUGAGUCGUUUUUU